AUGGUCUCCAUGGAAGACCUGCUGUGUGUUCUAUCCACUGAUGAGGAGCAGAGGAGAGAACAGAAGGAAGUCCUCUGGACGACGACUGUUAAGUCUUCUCGCCCUCUACUAAAAUGUCUAGUUUAUUAUUCGCAGCCCAGACAGCCGCAGCAGGUCAAGGUGGAGGGCCUCUUGGACACGGGAGCAGACAUCACCAUAAUCGCCUCCAAGGACUGGCCGCAUGGAUGGCCCGCACAAACGGCUUACGUCCAAGUCAGCGGCUUGGGGGGAACACAAUAUCCGGUCCGGAGUGGGGUCACUGAAGUACUGCAGCUCCCCAGACUGAGCUGGAAAACAGAAACUCCAGUCUGGGUCGAUCAGUGGCCCCUACCCAAGAAAAAGCUGCAAAUUCUAAACGACUUAGUGAGUCAAGAAUUGGCAAAAGGACACCUGGAGCCUUCCACCAGUCCCUGGAACACUCCAGUGUUUGUCAUCCAAAAAUCCUCAGGUUCCUGGAGAUUUCUCCAGGACCUGCGCAAAGUAAAUGAAGUCCUAGAACCAAUGGGAGCCCUCCAGCAGGGAAUGCCAUCACCAUCCAUGCUCCCUGCUGAAUGGCCCCUGGUGGUGAUUGAUAUAAAGGACUGCUUUUUUCACAUAUUUCUUAAUCCGGCUGAUUCGGCCCGAUUCGCAUUUUCAGUCCCUGCGAUCAACGCCUGUGAACCUCACCGCAGGUUCCAGUGGCGAGUGCUCCCCCAGGGGAUGAAAAAUUCCCCAACACUCUGUCAGAUGUUCGUGGCAGAGGUGUUGAGACCAAUUCGGCAGAAAUACCCGCAGUCAAUCAUCUUCCAUUAUAUAGAUGAUGUGUUGAUCUGCGCCAACUCCCAAUUGGCAGUUGAGAAGACUUUAAAUUCAACUAUUUCAGCCCUAAAAGAAAAAGGAUUGGAAAUAUCCCCCGAGAAAGUACAGAGGGAAGCACCUUGGAGGUAUUUAGGACUCCAAAUUACAGGAAGGGUCAUAAGGCCUCAGGCAAUUGAAAUUGACAAACGAGUCCACACAUUGAACAACCUCCAAAAGCUACUAGGAGCGAUCAAUUGGAUCCGACCUGUGUUGGGGAUCACAACCGGUGAUCUUCAUCCCCUAUUUGAGCUGCUAAAGGGAGAUGCUGACCUGUCCUCCCCCCGUUAUUUAACAUCAGAGGCAGAAGCCGCCUUAUCCACUGUUGAGAAAAAGAUUACUCAAAGACAGUCAUGUAGGAGGAUGGAGGGACUGCCAUCCUCCCUAGUCAUCAUAAGAGAACAGAGACAACCACUAGCCCUUCUGGGUCAGUUUUCAGAUGACGGCAAGGACUUCUGUUUGUGGGAGUGGGUAUUCCUCCCGCACCAAUUCGGUAAGACGAUCACCACCGUCUCAGAAAUGAUUGGCAAGAUAAUCUUCCAAGUUCGCACUAGGUGUUUAGAGCUCAGUGGUGAGGAGCCAGACUUUAUCUACCUCCCACUGACUUCUGAACACCUAGAACAACUGCUGCAAACCUCCACUGACUUUCAGAUUGCCAUCGGAGGCUACCCGGGAGAAAUUUGGCUUCACCUCCCGGCGUGCCCGUUCAUUCAAAGACUAAUCCAAAUUCCAUUAAAAUUAAAAAUUAUACAAUCGGAUCUGCCAAUAAAGGGUGCAAAAACAAUUUUUACCAAUGGCUCAGGGAGAACCGGAAAUGAGGUAAUAAUUUGGCAACAAAAUGGUGAUUGGCAGCAAGAUAUCCAUAAAGUGCAAGGUUCUCCCCAAAUCGUGGAGCUUUCUGCAGUUGUACGCGCAUUUGAAAUUUUUAGUGGUGAGCCAAUUAACAUUGUUACAGAUUCGGCUUAUGUGUGUGGUGUGGUCAAACAAAUUGAAAAUUCCUAUCUUAAGGAGGUGGCUAAUCAGGAUUUAUUCAAGUUAUUAACCAAAUUGUUGUUUCUAAUUCAUAACAGAGAAUUCGGCUUCUUCAUUGUCCACACCAGGUCACACACUACUCUACCAGGUCCUGUGGCGGAGGGAAACCAGAUUGCCGAUCAUCUGGCAGGUAUGGUAGUCACUCCCAAUCUAUUCCAACAGGCAAAAAUAUCUCACGAGUUCUUUCACCAAAAUGCACGGUCACUGCAAAAGCAAUUCGGCCUCAAAUUAUCUCAAGCUAAAGAGAUUUUGAGAACGUGCCUUGAUUGCCAAGUUAUCACACCGAUUGUCCCAGAAGGGACUAAUCCCAGGGAUCUUUCGGCGUUGGAAAUUUGGCAAUCAGAUGUUACGCACGUACCUGAAUUCGGAAAACUAAAAUACGUGCAUAUGUCUAUUGACACCUUUUCAAAAAUGAUUGUGGCCACCACGCAUUCUGGUGAAAAGAGCCGUGACGUGAAAAAACACUUUCUGUCCGCAUUCGCAAGGAUGGGUGUCCCGAAGCAGGUGAAAACGGACAAUGGGCCCUCCUAUGUGUCUGCAGACACUAAACGAUUUUUUGAACAAUGGGGAGUGCAUCAUACCACCGGGAUCCCUCACAAUCCCACAGGACAGGGUAUAGUAGAGCGUGCCCAUCAAAAUAUUAAAAAUCUUCUGAAAAAACAAAAGAGGGGGAGUAUUGGCCUAUCCCCCCAAGAGAAAUUGGAUAAAGUGAUGUACGUUUUAAAUUUUUUGAACAUGUUGGAGGAAGCAGAGACUCACACAAACAGAAGUCCAGCAGACCGUCACUUUAAAUCAGAUUCGAUAUCCUCCACUACCGUAAGAGUAAAGGUCAUGUACCGGGACCCACUCACAGAAACCUGGACGGGCCCUUUCCCCUUGAUCACCUGGGGGAAGGGCUACGCUUGUGUUGCAGGUCCAGAAGGACCGAAGUGGGUCCCAGCACGCCGUGUUAAGAUCCACCAGGCGUAA